AGUUAAUUCUGGGCUCUCGCAUGGAGUAGAAGUGUAAAUUUUUCUUCGUAAGCAAGUGGUAAAGUGUUAAGAAAAAAAUCUUUAGUUUUUUUUAUGUGUUGAGUGUGUAAAACAAGUAAAAAAUGUAAUUGUAAAGAAAAAUAAGAAAACAACAAAAACCAGAGCAUAGUGAUCUUUUAAUAAUGAGCAAAAAAAUAAGCAGAAAAGUGUGAAAUUUACUUAAUUACUUAGAUAAAAACAUUUUUUCUAAUAAACAUGUGAAUUAAAAAAAAAAGUUAAAAAAACUUUAAAAAUUGAACUUUAAUCUUAGAAAAAUAAAAUACAAACUCUACUUAAUAAAAAAAAUCCCACACAAAAACUGUGAUACCACGACAACAAAAUAAGAGCAAAAUACUUAAAAAGAACUCUUAAACAAAAAGAGAAAAAUAAACACAUAAAAAUGCCACCCAAACGAGAUCCCUCCAACAAUAACAACAACAACGAAACCCCAACAACUUCCACCUCAAACAAUUCCACCACAACAGCAGCAGUAUUACAAAAUAACAAAAACACAGCCGCACCAGCAACUGGCAGCAAUAGUAAUACUACAACAACAACAGCAGCAGCUGGUACUGCUGCUGCCACCGCCAAUGCUUUGCCACUUUUAAUAGCCGAUGCUGCUGCGGAACAGCGCACCAUUGCUUACCAGGCCAAUGCAAAAUUAUGUCGUCUGGUACGCAAAUGUCCCUGGAUGUAUGAUCGUAAUCAUCAUAAUUAUGCCAAAAAGCAUAUAUUAGAUAAAUCAUGGUGUAAAAUUGCUAGAGAAUGUAAUGAUUCAGUGGCCUCUUGCAAGGAACGUUGGCGCAACAUAAGGGCGGCCUUUGCCCGUUCCAUUAAUAUCUAUAAAACUCACAGUGGACCGAAUCGUGUUAAACCCUAUUAUUUGCACAAAGAACUCUCGUUUCUGGUUAAACCCAUGAUGGAAGGACGUGAUAGAAAAGAUGAAUAUGAGGACACACAAGAUGGUGCUGGUUUAGCAGGUGGUGGAGCAGGUUCCGCAGGUGGCAAUGGUGUUAAAGAUGAAGAAACUGGCGAUGAAGAGGGUGCGGCCGGGGAAGAAGAUGAUGAGGAUGAGGCGGAUGCCGAAGAAGAGGAAGAUGAUUUUCCCGAUGAAACGGCAGAAAUUAAAUCUGCCUUUGAGGCCUUAAAUCCGGAUAUACACAUACAGGCAGAGACUAGAUAUCAAAAGUUAUUGAGACAAAAUAAUAUGAACAAUGGUAAUAAUCAAGAUUUUGAGGCGAGCAGUAUUUUUGAGCCACAUACGGAGUUUACCACCAAUAGUGAUGCCGAAAAUGAGUUUAAUUUUCCCGAUGAUACUUUGUCACAAAGCGAAACGGAACGUAGAGUAGCGACACACCUUUUACAACAGCAGCAGCAGAAUGGUGUAAAAAGACCUAUGCAUUUGGAAACGGAAACUUUUGAAACUAAACGGGUUAAACUUUCUCAAGCAUCUCAGGCACACAAUGAAAAUGAUAUACGUUUUCUGGAGGCCUUACUGCCCGAUAUGGCUAUCAUGAAUACUAGACAAAAGAUAGUAUUCAAACGAAAAAUCUAUCAAACUUUGGAAGAGGUAUUCGAAAAUUCUAAUGAUUUUCCCAAUAUAGAAAAAAUUGAUAAUAAAAUAGAGCAAUUAAACCACAAUAAUAGUGCCGGUCAUAAUCAGACUCAUUUUAAUUAUCACUCUAGCCCUAUAUCGCCUCAAACUCAGAUAAGACAAACUGUUUUAACUGUCAACUCCUCUACCGCACGCAGUUUAAUUAACAAUAUUGCCAAUUUAAAUGAAACAGAAUUGCAAAAAGUUAAUGGUUUCUUGCAGAACUCUUUGAGGAAUCAACACAAUGCAAGUCGUCUAGCUAAUGUUAGUAAUGGACCCAGCAGUGCUGCCGCCAAAUUAAUGUCUUCUACUCCCAAAAUAACCAUAACGAAGGUGACCUGUCCACCACCUGCCUCCUUAAGAAAUCUACCCUUAACAAAACCUCCUUCUCCCAGUCCUGCCACCGUUUCCACCACUAUACACAAUCCUGCCGCCGCGGUAAUCACUUCCAAUGUACAUUCUACCACUUCCUCGUUGCCGGCUAAAGCUUCCAAUACACAAAAUGCUUCUACAGCAAAUCAAAACAAUAACUCCCCUUGGACUCAAUUGUUGCCUAUAACUAUUAAAGAUGAAAUCGAAGAUGUAGAUAUAGUUUAAGAAGUUUUUCGCAAAAAAAAAAUGAAAGCUUUUUAAAAGCUUUUAAUUUUCUUCGUUUUUAAGGUUCUUUUCAAGCAUUUUAUUAUUAAAAACAUAUUCCUUUUUAAAUCCUUUU